AUGUCCUAUCUACGACCUGGGCGUCGCGUUCGCCUCUUGUGGGAGGUGGGCGGUACCUGGCAGGAUCGGAUCUUGUUGUGCGAGUGCCAGAGCUCGGAGUGCGAAGCAGAGCUGGAGGUGACGCCGAAUCCGAUGGAGAUCGCUGGACGCCGCGUGUGGUACGCCCUCGCGCCAGACCUGGACGUGUACCCGCACAUCUUGUCGGAGGGCCACCUCUCAGGCUUCGUGGCUCUGAAAAACGACGGGUCGCCGGUGACGGAGACGGCGUUUGGGCGCCGGUGGAGGGCAGCGAGUGCGGCAUACGGCGCCGAGUGGGAGCCGACCGCGCUCGAGGUGUGCGAAGCCCUGGAGGCGGUGAGGCCAGGCUGCCUGGCCCUCCAGGGCGGCGAGAAGCCCUCCAGGCGCAUCAAGGGGAAGGCGUCGUGGAGGUCGACUCCAGCAGCAGCAGCGGCAACUAGCCCGGCGGAGGAGCUCUAUCCAGGCCUGCUGGUGGGAUCGGGACCACUGCCCGCCAACGACGGGCUGAGCUGGUACGUGCUGGCGGGGGAGAACCCGACGGAGCUCAGGCAGGCGGUGCGCCACCAGGACUUCGACGGAUAUCUGGUCGUGGGGAAGGUUGGCAUCGCCACUCGCGGCGCCGACAGCAUGCUGGUGAAGGCCGUGGACCCCUCGUCGCCCGGCCCGGAGCUGGAGACAGACGCGCGGGUGCUGGACAUCAAGACCAGGCCCGACGGCAGUCGACAUCGUCACUUCACUGAGGCCGCCCGCCUGGUGUCGACCACGGAGUGGGCUGAGUGGCCCAUCAUGGGCCCGAGGGCGGCUGCAUGGUGCCCAGAGUAUCUAGCACGCCAGGACCAGCAUCCUCGGGCCCGACGCACGAAGUGGGUCCACGAGUGCAGGCUGGAGGCCACGGAAGAGGGCGUCGGCGACCACGACCUCGCCAUGCGCAUGGCGGAGCUCGGCCUCAGCUUCGAUCAGCUGAACCUGGGCGAGCUCGCCUCCUUCGAGCUCCUGAUGCGGAAGGCCCAGAUGGCCGAAGGCCGGCAUCGUGAUCGCCUUGCGGCCGUCCAGGGUGACGACCUGAUGGAGGAGAGCUACCUCUACCUCGGCGCAGGUGAGACCCGUGGGCUGGCGAUGGUCGCGCCGGCGCUGGUCGACCACGUCAACUCGGAGAUGCAUCGCGAGGCUCAGAUCCUCAAGGACGGCGCCGCUGGGUCCAAGGCGGAGCUCCAGAAGAAGAUCCAGCAGCAGGCCGCCGAGCUCAGGAAGAUUCAGGAGAAGGGCGCGGGGAAGGACCAGGCGGCCGGCCGCGGGUUGCUGCCACUUAGCGGCUUCGCGGCGGCGCGAGCCGACGGCGGCCCCGCUGGGCUGUCGAGGGCGGCGCGCUCGCGAGUGCGCCGCCGCGUGCACGUGGCGAACUGGGUCGGCGACGCGGCCGAGAGCUUGAAUUCCCUAUAUGGUCAUGGUGGCGCCCGAGAAUAUUUUUCAGUUCCAGCUGGGCAGCAACGCAGCCUGGAAUUCAUGCAGUCCAUCAUCGAGCAGGCGGGGCCGCCGCCCUGCUCGCCCGCGGCAGCCCACCAGGAGCUGUGCGGCCACCAGCCGGGCUACGCUACCGAGCCCGAGCAACCCGCCCAGUACCAGAGGGAGAUCCUCUCCCUGCCGGGGCCGGGCGCGCGCUGUGAUCCCAGCGACGUCCUGCGUGGCCUCGAGCACGAUCAGUGGGUGCAUUGGGAGAGACAUUUGUUGCGCCGAACGCGAGCGCCUGACAAGGAGAUCAAGCUUCACAAUGAUCGCAAUCUUAUGGCGGAUAGGCGGCGCUAUGCGCAGUUCAUCUUGGACCUGCACACCUCCGGCCUUGUCAGAGUCGGGGCCAAGCGCA